AUGGAUCCUCUGAGAGAAGGUUCCGGUGAGACCGGAAUCUCUGCCUCCGGGAAGCGCUUAAUGAAGGUUAAGCAGGAGAUCGGUGAGAAAAUGAAAAGAGACAAGAAGGAAGUCAAGGACUCAAUCGCGGGGAGGGUCUCCAAGCGGGUGAAGAAGAAGGAAGUUUCUGGCGGGAGCACCACUCUGAGCCCUCACUCGCCUUCCUUACUAAAGAUUCAAGAGGUUACUAACCUCAUGGUUCAAGCUCAUGGCCAAAAGGAGUUGGCCAAGGUUUGUUCCCCUGACGAAACUCCUGAAACCGCCCCGGAAGGUUGGUUUUGCAUUCACGAGAAGUAUAUCUCUAAAUCCCACCUCCGGUUUCCGCUUCCAGAUCUUCUGUUAGAUCUUCUUGAUCAUUAUCAACUAGCCCUCUCUCAACUCUGUCCCUCGGUUAUCCGAGUGAUAAAUGGUUUCAUUACCAGAGCUAAAGAGGAAGGAGUCGUCGUUGGUCUGACCGAACUGAUGAGCCUUUACACGAUCAAGGAGAGCUCUAGUAAGGAUGGUGGCAGUGGCACCUACUAUCUUCCUUGCCGUCCUAGGCUCGGACUUUUUAAAUCCUCUGGUAGUGACGAUGAUUGGAGGAAAAAAUACUUUUAUGUCAAGAUUGAUCCCUCUACAGUCCCAUUGGGUCGUACUCUCUCGGUUGUUUGGUCCGAUAUAUCUGAUAUCGAGGAUCCUCCUAAGCUUACUGAUAAGCUGUCUAGAGCUCUUUUUCGGAAAUUGUAUCAGAGUCCCAAUACUUGGGCGUCUUUCACUGUUUCCCGUAUUGGAUCAGCUAGGUUCCCGGAUCGAUACAACGCCAGGUUCCUUGACCCGAUCCCUGCUGAAGAUUUAGAAGUCUCUGAAGGUCCUUUCGUGGUAGAUCUUUCGACUGGAGCUAGUACUUCCGAAACUGAAAAGACUCAAGCUCCCAAGAUGAGGCCUUCUUUCCGUUCCAGGAACAAACCUGCUGCAGCUGCCAGUGCUUCGCGAGGUAGCGAUAAGACCCAAGGAGGAGCCUUUCUCAGCUCACUGAAGGAGGUCCUUGAUGACGGGACCUCUGUCCCUGCUAAGGAUGUUAACCCAGUUGAGCCCAGAGCUCAAGAUGUUGUUCCCCGUCCUGAGGUUCCGACGGUUGAAGCUAACCCUCAGGCUGCUAGAGAUCCUCUCGAGGUCGAACCUCCGAGAAACAAGAGGUCUCGGACUGAUUUGGGAGAUAGGCCCACCAGGUCUUCCUCCUCGUCUUCUCGGGGAGGGGCCGUGGGUUGGAACUUCUCCCAUUCUAAGCCGGGAUCGAUAUUGGAUGAUCCUUGGGGUUUGGCAACCAUCAUGAGGCAUAUGAAGACGGUGGGAUGCUCCAUGCCUUCAAUCAAUGGUCUGUCCAACAAGGAAGAGUACAUUGAGAUAGCUCACCACAUGGGUCAACUGGCCGGAGCCAUUAACAGGGCUCAGCUGAGGUUUGAAGAGACCGUGCAUGAUGCUCCUAGCGCUAGAGACUUAGCUCAGGCCACUGAGUUGUUCAAGACUACCAAGAUGGAGCUCGACCUGGCUCGUGCUCGAGUUUCUGAGCUUGAAGCUGAGGUCGGGAGGCUUGGUUUGAAGGCUGAUACUCAACAAGGGAAGAUCGAGAGUCAGGCCAUCGAUAUUCGGGUGAAGAAUAGGAAGAUCAAUGAGUUAGAUGCUGCUCGCAGGAUAGCUGAGCACCAGGUCCAAGAGUUGAUCGCUUCGUCUCGGGUUAGUCAACAGAACAAAGAGGCUGAAGUUAAGCUAGCUGUCAGGAAAGGAGAAGUUUGUCAAGAAAAGGAAGAGACUGAUGCUCUGAUUUACGCUCAGGAGCUUCAGGCAAACACCGAGCUUCUGAAAGAGUUAUUAUCUAAGGAGAUUGAGUCUGCUGAGGAUGAGUAUCAUCGUUUGAUGGUUUUGGUCCUGGAUGCUGGUGCUGCGUACGAGAAGGCUCAAGUUUCUGAUUUCUCAGUCAGCAAGCUCCCCAUUCCCCAAUUCUCCGAGAGCUCAGGUACUUUCGAGAUUAAUAUGUUUAAUCCGACGUUUUCUGGAGAAUAUGGUUCUAACUUGGGUUCGGUCUCUCCUGACUUAGUCCCCGUUGAGGCGACCCCGGGAGGUGAUGACCAAGAUGUUGAAGAAGAGGUUCCUGCCCAGGAGGAUGAUCCUAUCGAGGAGGAUAAGGAUGGUGAAGCUGAUCCUGGAUCCAAGGAAGGUUAA